AUGGUCUCUCUAAAUUUCUCAGACCUCAGUUCACAGGAUCUGGUGGAAUCAUUCUUCUGUUAUGACUCCGUUAAUGACUCCUGCCAGAAGAUUCAGAGACCUCCCAACAUACAGAUUUGUAUGUUCAUCGCCAUGGCGAUUACCACCAUGGUGACCAUUAUGGGGAAUCUGCUUGUAACUGGUUCCAUUGCGCAUUUCAAGCAGCUCCACACACCGACCAACUACCUCAUCCUGUCCCUGGCCUUGUGUGACUUCCUGCUGGCUGUGUUCGUCAUGCCCCUGAGUGCUAUGUGUUCCGUGUACGGCUGCUGGUACCUCACUGACUUCAUGUGCAAGAUGCACACAGGCAUGGACAUGACAUUGAGCACAGCUUCCAUCUUUCACCUCACGUGCGUGUCAGCAGAGCGCUUCUGCGCUGUGUGCUGCCCGCUGACGUACCACAUGCGUGUGCGCUCAGCCACCGUGCUCUGCAUGGUCUGCGCCAGCUGGCUCAUCUCCACUGUAUUCGGCUAUGCAAUGAUCUUCAGUGGGCUCAACCUCCGGGGUGAUGAGACCUUCUACAACUCCCACCUGCGCUGUGUGGGAGGCUGUCCUGUAUUCUUUAGCCGCGGCUCGGCGGUCGUCACUUCCAUGGUCUCUUUCUUCAUCCCCGGCCUGGUCAUGUUUGGAAUCUACUCCAGGAUUUAUGUGGUGGUCAGGGGGCAGGCGAGAUCAAUUGACUUUCUAGCCGGUCAGCUGCGGAUGGACAGUCACAGGCCAGGAGGGUUCAGAAACCGAGCCUGGAAGGGUACCAUGACCCUCUCCAUUGUGGUUGGAGUUUUCCUCAUCUGCUGGACCCCAUUUUUCCUCUGCAACAUCGUAGACCCCUUUAUCGGCUUCAGUAUACCUCCAGAGCUAACGGAUGCCCUGGUUUGGUUUGGAUAUCUGAACUCCACUCUGAAUCCCUUCAUCUAUGCUUUUCUGUACCCGUGGUUCAGAAAGGCUUUCAGGAUUAUUGUAAGUGGGGAGGUCUUUCACAGGAAUAGCUGCAGAAUACAGCUGCACUCAUGAUCAAGUGAGCUAUACAACAGCUCUAGACAUGCAAAUUCAUUUAGGUUGGUCCGUGUGUUAAUAUGUCUUAUGUCCCUGUGUUAACAUGUGAUUAAAAUGCAGGAGACCACUGACUUGACCCUUUUCAUGCUGCCUCGUUGUUAUUGGUGCUGUGUGUUGUUCAGUUUCCUUAGAGCUAAUGGCAACACAGAAGAAGGAUUUGACUGCAACUAAAUAAA